GAAAGGGAGGACGAGUCGGCGGCACCGAGGGUCACAGGGAUGUACAGUAAACACCGGCAGAAAAAUGGCCAGACGUCACCGGCGACAUGUGCACGUUUGCUGCUCUUUCUUUCCGUCCUGCUGCUGAGCGGAGCUCCGGGAAGAGCCGGCGGACACACCGGGGACGAAGGGCUGAGGAGGGGAAGGACAGUGACGGCACAGUGGAUUUCUCAAGGCCGACUCAAGAGGGAAGCUGAGACCCCGCCACAGGUAGUGUACCCAGUCAGAGGUGAAAUAGCACUCUCAUCCAACGACCUCCAACUGGUGCUUCAAGUUGAACGUAAUCAUGAGCUUUUAGGUCCAGACUUCAUAGAGACCUACUACACAGACGAUGGGCAGCCGGUGACUGUGACCAAUCGCAAUUACACUGAUCACUGCUUCUACCAAGGUCAUGUAAGAGGACAUCCAGAGUCCUGGGUAGCUCUCAGCACAUGCUCAGGAGUCAGAGGCCUGAUAUCCUUGAAUUCGAGCUACACCUACUACCUGGAACCUGUCAGUGGUGUGGACCCUCUUCACCAUUCCCUGCUGAAUGCUGAGGAACUUCCAAUUAAGGGUGGAAACUGUGGCCACGGUCAUCCCAUUGUACAGUCCAACCGUUUCUCUGACCUGCUCAGACCAUUCCACUUAAGGGUUAAAAGGAAUGCCGGGGGCACCACUAAGUACAUGGAGCUGUAUAUCGUGGCUGACAACACACUGUUUAAGCGGCAAAAUAAGGACUACGAAAAGACCAGGGCAAGGAUAAUGGAAAUUGCCAAUUACGUGGAUAAGUUCUACAGGGCUCUGAACAUCCGCGUGCCUCUGAUCGGUCUGGAGGUUUGGACCGACAGGGACCAGUGUAUCGUCACAGAGGAGCCGAACGCCACCCUCUGGUCCUUCCUGCAGUGGAGACAGAAACUGAAGUCGCGCAAGAAACACGACAACGCGCAGCUGCUCACUGGUGUGAUUUUCAAGGGGACAACUAUCGGCAUGGCACCGCUGGAGGGGAUGUGCAGCCUGGAAAACUCUGGAGGCAUAAACGUGGACCACUCAGAGCUGUCCAUUGGUGCUGCUGCCACAAUGGCCCACGAAAUCGGACACAACUUCGGUAUGAGCCACGACCACGAGGGCUGCUGCGUCGAGGCUUCGGCUGAGCAGGGCGGCUGCGUCAUGGCUGCUGCCACCGGGCAUCCAUUCCCCCGAGUCUUCAGUCGCUGCAGCAAACGGGACCUGGACAGCUACUUCCAGAAGGGAGGGGGCAUGUGUCUCUUCAACAUGCCCAACAUGAAGGACCUGGUCGGGGGCAAGAAGUGCGGCAAUGGCUUUGUGGAGGAUGGAGAGGAAUGUGACUGUGGAGAACCUGACGAAUGCACCAACGACUGCUGCAAUGCCAAUAAUUGCACCUUGAAGGCAGAGGCUCAGUGUGCCCACGGAGUGUGCUGCAAGGGCUGCAAAUUGAAGCAGGCGGGUACAAUGUGCCGGGGGCCAGCAGGGGCGUGUGACCUGCCAGAGUACUGCACGGGGGCCUCUCCCUACUGUCCUGCCAACGUCUACCUGCUGGACGGCUCCUCCUGUCAGUACGGCGUAGCCUACUGCUACAACGGCAUGUGCCUCACCCACGAACAGCAGUGCCUGCAGCUUUGGGGCUAUGGAGCUCGGCCCGCCCACGACGCCUGCUUCGAAGACGUCAACGCUGCAGGAAACGCUUUCGGAAACUGUGGGAAAGAUGAGCAUGGCAACUACAUGAAAUGUGCAAAAACCGAUGCCAAGUGCGGCAAGAUUCAGUGCCACAGUGCUGCCAAGAAGCCCAAAGGCACCAACGCUGUUUCCAUCGACACCACCAUCAGGACAGAUGGCAUCGAGGUGAAGUGCCGCGGGACCUACGUCUACAGCACCCAAGACGGCCAGGGCGACCUGCCUGACCCCGGCCUCGUCAUGACCGGCACCAAGUGCGGAGAGGGCAAGGUUUGCCGAGACCGCCGGUGCCAAGAUGCCUCUUUCGCCGAGCUGGAGACAUGCAUCGCACGCUGUCAUGGCAAUGGGGUGUGUAACAGCAAUGGGAACUGCCAUUGUAAUCGAGGCUGGGCACCACCCUUCUGUGAGAAGACAGGACUUGGCGGCAGUGUGGACAGUGGACCUAUCCAGUAUGACAGUCAGGUUGGGCUGGUGGUGGGGCUCCUGUUUGCCUUCCUCGUCAUCCUGCCUGCAGUGCUGCUACUCUUCUACUGCUACAGGAUCAAGACGUCAUACUACCACAAGUGGCUUUCCCAGAGAGAGAAGAACAAGAGCAACAAGACGGAGGCUUCAGUGGAGAAGGGGAAAAACGGCCACCUGAAUCCUGCCUUUCACCUGAAGGUGGUUGGACCAAUCAACAAGGCGAGCAGCCACAAGGGGCUUCCUCACACCAGCAAAGAGGUCCUGCCCCUCAGACCAGGCCUAGUGCCCAAUGGCACUCAGCCAGUCAACAUUGUGCGACCUCUGAGACCCGCCCCGUCUCCCCAGGGUGGUCCCCGGCUCCUCAAAGCGGUUCGCCCACCACUGCCCGCUGGCAAGCCCCCAGCUGCCCCACCCAAAUCCCCCCAGACCCCACAGAGGCUCAGCCCGCCCAAGAAGCCUCUGCCCCUCAACCCAACACGCUCUCCACUGGUGGUGUCUGAGCUGCAUCCCAGAUCGUCCCCCUUCCCUCCUCAGAGGCCUCUUCCCCUCAGCCCAGCCAGAGGGUCCUCCCCCACAGUGAGUCGAGGCCUGACUGUUGUCUCCAAACCCUCCCCAGGCCUGCUGGUCAUGAUGCCGCCAGCGGUGGGACCCAAACCUGUGGGCAAAGUCUCAGCCAUACCCCCUCUCAGAGCUCUCAGAUCGGUCCCUGGUGCCAAACCAAACACAGCCUCGCCUCCGGCACGAAAAUGACCUCCUCCCCCCCAUCCGUCCUCUGAGGAGGAGGCGGCGGCUGACAGCCUAUUUGCACUAAAGAGACUUUGGCUGGAGAACCACGGAGCUGUCGCACACGCCAGAGGAGGACGAACACAACGGUUCAAAUGGAGACACGAAAGAACAAACCGGACUCAUACCAGUUUAGACUUCAAAAUGAAAACUUAACCCCACCCCCUUUUUCAGUUUUGACCCCAUCCGUCCCCCCCCUCCUCCCAGCGAGCUAACAUUAACCACGACGCGGUUUUGCACAGAGGCCUUGCAGACUGAAACAAGUGUUAGCGAAUGGGGGGGACGGUCACAUUUGCCAAAUCUUUUCUUUUCUUUUUGUUUUUAUAAUUAUUGUUUUUUUAAUGCUGUCUAUGUAAAAAAAAAAAAGGAAAAAAAAGCAUUUUGAAAUGACGACCGUUUUGUUUACAGUUUGUUUUUACAUCGAGUUUUAUGAUUUGUGUUAUGUGCCAAAGAGGUCUCUUCAUUAACUGGGGUGUGUCCCGAGCGCUUGAAAAUCUCCUUAAGUUUACCACGAGCCUGCCUCUCCACAACUGUAGGUUUUCUAAUUUAUUGUAUGAGGAAUGUCUAAGAUACAACCUGGAGAUGCAGAGGCCUAUCAGGAAGAGGGAGAGCCAAUCACAUCGCAGCUUCUUCUAAACACUGUUUACAUUGUGGAGGACUCGGUGGAUGCUUGUGAUCUGCAGGAUACACCCCAGCCGCUCAUGCUGAUUUGAAUGUCUUUUGCUGUGUGUUAUGACUUUUAAAUUGUGACAUAAAAUAUUUUUACUAAACGAACAA